CUAGACCCCCCAACCCCCUCAGGAGGAUGGCGCAGCGCAUGCGCACCACCGCUUGUGAGGGUACAUCCUGCUAACACUCAUCUUGGAUCAUCAGGUAGUUUCUUUUCCGUCAGUAGUUGUCAUGGCCACUUCCAUAGUACAGUGAGACUGCCAUCAGUUCCACACAGCCAGGCAGGGUUUGUGGAAUGUGAUACAGUGAACGUCCAAGGCUGUCUCACAUGGUCAGGGACUUUAUUUCCUACCUGUUCGUGUGUGUGUCAUCUAUUUCUAAGACACUGUGACAUUACAUAUUACUAAAAUGUACUAAAUAUUACUAAAAAUACCAUCUCUCUGUAUUUUCUGAAGGACUUAACAUUUUCUUUUUUUCCCCUGAAUUAAAGAGAAAACUGGGCAGGGUUGUUGGGAGAUGGAAAUGGCAGCCACAUGGACUCUUAAAAGGGAGAAGUGGACUGACUCAGACCCGGUUCGUGGAUACUGGUUCCGGGAUGGAGACAAGACAGAUCGUGAUCCCCCAGUGGCCACAAAUAACCCACAUCGGUCAGUACUGAAGAGGACCAAGAACCGGUUCUUCCUGAUCGGAGACCCACAGAAGAAUAACUGCUCCCUGAACAUCAGAGAGACCAGGAAGAAGGACGCCGGGUCAUACUUCUUUCACCUGGAGAGAGGACAAACGAAGUUUAAUUAUCUUUGGAACAUGAUAACUCUGCAUGUGACAGCCCUCACUGACACCCCCUACGUGCUUUUCCCGGAGACCCUGGAAGCUGGCUAUCCCAGCAACCUGAUCUGCUUUGCGCCUUGGGCCUGUGGGUCCCCCACCUUCUCCUGGGCCGGUACCUCUGUGUCACUCUCCAGUACCAACACCAAUGGUUCCUCAGUGCUGACUGUCACCCCCCAGCCCUGGGACCAUGGCACCAACCUCACUUGUCAGGUGACCCUGCCUGGAUCUGGUGUGACCACAAGAACGACCAUCAUUCUCAAUGUGUCAUAUGCCCCAAAGAAUCUAACCUUGACUAUCUACAAAGGGGUUGAUCCAGCAACCACAGCUCUGAGAAAUGGCUCAACAUUGACUUUACUGGAAGAAGAGUCCCUUCGUAUGCUCUGUACUGUUGACAGUAACCCUCCUGCUAGACUGAGCUGGGCCUAUGGGAACCUCAUUCUGAGUCCCAUGCAGUCCCCAACUCCUGGGUUGUUAGAACUACCUCAAAUGCACCGGAGAUAUGAAGGAAAAUUCACCUGCUCUGCACAGAAUGUCCUUGGAUCUCAGCACAUGUCUCUGAACCUGCUCUUAAAACGGACAUCGGGGCUGAUGGCAGAGGUGGUUCUGGUGGCUGUGGUAGAGGCAGCUGUUAAAGUCCUGCUUCUUGGGCUGUGCCUCAUUUUCCUCAGAGUGAGAUCUCCUAGGAGAAGACAACAAGGGCGGCAGUGCACAGGGACUAUGCAGACAUGACCAUCAGUUAGUUUCUCAGGUCCAGGCAGUGUCCAUGGAAGUUAGAAGACAGCAUCCGAUCCCAUGGAACUGGAGUUGAAAUGGUUGCUGAGAGCUGCCAAAUAGCUUCUGGGAAUUGAACUCAGGUCCUCUGGAAUAGCAGUUAGUGCUCUUAACUGCUCAUCUUUUCUUUUUGGUAAAAGGUGUCAUAACAGUGACACAGUAAGUAGUGUUGAUGAGAAUAGUAAGAUUUUUUUUUUUAAAAAACCUUCCUUGGUCCAUGUAUAUCUACUUUUAAGUACUAUUGCUAUAUAUGCCUUUUAAUAAUGCUCUUUCCUUUCAGCUUAGGUCAUUUUUAUGUUCCUUAUAUAAUGUAUGCAUCCUUUCCUAUUGGUGGUUACCUGCUCAUCUUUCCUAUUGUAAAGAAGUUCAUACAACUUCAUUUAAUGUGUAUUGGACGUAUAUAUUUAUCUGGACUCAUACUUGUUUCUUCUAAGAUUUUAUUUUAGUGUAUGUGUGUGUGUGUGUGUGUGUGUGAGAGAGAGAGAGAGAGAGAGAGAGAGAGAGAGAGAGAGAGAGAGAGAGAGAGAGAGAGAGAGAGAUGAGUGCUGGCACUGACAGGCCAGAAAAAGGCUUCUGAUCUCCUGGAGCGGGAGUUACAGGUGGCUGUAAGCUGAGUGACAUGGACUCUGGAAACCGGACCCGGGUCUCUGCCAGAGCUCCAAGUGCUCUCACCCACUGAACAACCUCUCCAGCCUCCAGGAUGUGACGUGAAUGCAGGACUUCAAACAUGCUAGGUCGUCCCUGCCUCCUCAGCCUCUUUCACCAUCUUCGCUCUGCUCUUCCUCUCUGACACACUGGCGGGCUCUUCAUGUGAUGUACACGUUGGGACCAGCAGCCUGUUGUCCUCGAAAGGAUCUCAAAAUGGUGAAAAGGACUCACAGGAGAAAUUGUCUGUGUCUGUAGUCACAUUAUAUGGAUGACUCUUAAACAGCACAGACAUCAUUCCAGUUUUAUUAAAAAACAGCUAUUCUGAAUCUAGGAAACAACUACAAAAGAUAAUAUGUGAAAAUUAAAUGUAAGAAAACAUGAAAUCCAAAAUGAAGCAAUCAGAAUGAGUUAUCGCUGUCCAGAGGAUGUGUUUGUGCUUGGUUCCUGGGUUUCUACAGUGAUAUUCUUUAACACACCUGCUAUGUGGUAUGGUGUUGAAGACAUUACCAUAAAAAAAAGUCAAAGACCAACUUAGAGGAGACGAUUCUCUCUUCCCAGCGUGUGGGAUUUGAGGAUCAAACUCAUGUUGUCAGGCUUAGGGUCAGGCUUAGGGGAAAGCGCCUUUACUUGAUGAGCCAUCUUGCCAGCCGUCUUUAGCAAUUCAUUACAUGUUUGUAAUAUAUUGUGAUCAUAGGAUCUCAUGGUAUCCACCUCCCUUAUCCACCCACCUCCCCUCCCUUUCCUCCCUGCUCCCUCUGAAUCUUUUCUUCUCAUGACCUGUGUUCUAAGUAACUGUUCUCUGAGCUGGCAAACUGCCCUCUAGUGGAAUUCAGCUGUGCCCGCUUGUGAGAGAUCAUCCUAGUUGUUUACUCCCUGCACAGUAAGGUAGGGUAGGCACCUACCACCUGGCACCUCUGCAUGUAGCCUGGGGGAGGGCCUAGGUUAUAUCAUCUGGGGAAGACUAGAGUGGGGCUCCAUCUGCACAGCCAUGGGGAAACCCUCGUUGGUGUUAGUUCAGUAAGGCAACUUGAAGAGCAAGCCAACAGAGAAAUGACUGCUUAUGUUUUAUAAUCCAAGACAUCUAGCUGUUUGUCUCUAGCUAAGUAUCAUAGACAUCAAAUAUGACUGCAUAUCUAUCUACAGAAACUAGUGAUGGCCGCAGAGGUAAGAAAUCACAGCCCUGUGGCCACUCCAAGAGACUCACAUAGCUGAAUGAAUUGCCAGAGACCGACAGGGCUAGUCUUGUAGGUGAAGUAAACAUUUAGAAGGAUACUUGCUCCACUGUUGCACCCCUCCCCCAUGGGGGGUCUGCCGACCAGCUUGUGACUAGGAGUUUCUAGCAAAACACCUCCUCCCAGUAAGGCUUGCAUGCGAGUUCCUGUUUUCUGUCCAUCCUUACUGUCUAAAUGCUAAUUCCUGUUAUCCGCCCAUCCUUUGCUAGAGGGCCCUGGCAAGGUAGGCUUCUGACAUUGGUGGUUUUCCACUGUGCCUGCUAUUGGUAUACAAUGCUCCUUGCUCUCUUGUUAAAAUAAACACCAUUCUCCUUGUAA